AUGGCCUCUCGUAUUUCUCGCCGAUUCCUCUCCACUACCGCCCGCCGCUUCCAGGAGCACCAGAAGGCCGAGCUCAAGAAGGAGUCCCGUCGCAACCCCGAGAUUCUGAUUCUCGGUGGUGUUAUGGUUGCUGCUCUCGGCGGUGCUGGUUACUUCUUUGGCCGAUCGCCCACUGGCGCUAUCUCCGAGUCUCCCGUCAACAUCGCUACUCACCCUUGGGAGAGCGGCAGCUCUGGCAAGUACCAGUACCACCCCGGUGGUGACCCCAACCAGGCUCCUAAGGACGCUCCCAGCGCCCUCAAUGUUGUCGUUGUUCCCAACGUCACUCUUCCUGCCGAGCUUCACGAAAAGUACAACAAGUGGGGCAAGGACGGUUACCCUUAA